UCCCUCCUGCCUCCUCCCCCUCGGGCUCUCGGAGCGGCGGCCGGCGCCGGGCUCCCCCGCAGACCCUUCCCCGGCCUUCCUGGCGGUGCCGUCGCCUCGGAGAGAUGAGUUACGAUCGGGCCAUCACCGUCUUCUCCCCCGACGGGCACCUCUUUCAAGUGGAGUACGCGCAGGAGGCGGUGAAGAAGGGUUCGACCGCGGUGGGUGUCCGAGGAAAAGACAUUGUCGUUCUUGGUGUGGAGAAGAAAUCAGUGGCCAAGCUACAGGAUGAAAGAACUGUGAGGAAGAUCUGUGCACUGGAUGACAAUGUCUGCAUGGCAUUUGCAGGACUCACAGCUGAUGCUCGGAUAGUUAUAAAUCGAGCUCGUGUGGAGUGCCAGAGCCACAGGCUGACUGUGGAGGAUCCUGUCACCGUGGAAUAUAUCACACGUUACAUCGCUAGUCUGAAGCAGCGUUAUACCCAGAGUAAUGGACGUAGACCAUUCGGGAUCUCUGCUUUAAUUGUGGGAUUUGACUUUGAUGGCACUCCCAGGCUCUAUCAGACAGAUCCUUCUGGAACAUACCAUGCCUGGAAGGCCAAUGCUAUUGGCAGAGGUGCCAAGUCAGUGCGUGAAUUUCUGGAGAAAAACUAUACUGAUGAAGCCAUUGAAACAGAUGAUUUGACUAUUAAACUUGUUAUCAAGGCUCUUCUUGAAGUGGUUCAGUCAGGUGGAAAAAACAUUGAAUUAGCGGUUAUGAGGCGAGAUCAUCCUCUCAAGAUUUUAAAUCCUGAAGAAAUUGAGAAGUACGUUGCUGAAAUUGAAAAAGAAAAGGAAGAAAAUGAAAAGAAGAAACAAAAGAAAACCUCAUGAUGAAUGAAAUACAGUUGUUAUAGCUAUUUUUAAUUCAUUCAAAUCAUGUUUGAUUCUGAAUGACUUGUAGGCAUCUCCAUUCCAUUUAUUCAUAUCGUACCUCUGAGUAACCUACAAUAAACCUACGUAUUUUUAAUCUUUU